AUGGCCGUCACCAACGAGCUGCAGAAUGUCGACUACGACGUGGUCAUUGUGGGCGCUGGAAUUUCUGGAAUCGCUUUCGCCUACAGAUUACAAGAACGAAACCCAGAUCUGAGCUACUGUAUACUCGAGGCUCGUCAUGAAAUUGGCGGAACCUGGAGUCUGUUUCAAUACCCAGGGGUCCGGUCUGACUCUGACCUUUUCACAUUUGGGUUCCCCUGGCGGCCCUGGAAAGAGAGGACGGCCAUAGGAUCGGGCGCAAACAUCACUCGCUAUCUCAAAGAAUGCGCAGCACAGGAGGAGAUAGAUCGUAAAAUCAAGUUCCAUCACCACCUCGAUCAAGUCCAAUGGUCCAGCACGGACAAGCUCUGGACGCUUCAAAUCACUGCGGGUGCCGCCCCGAAGGUAUUGCGAACUCAUUUCCUUCUGUUCGGGACCGGCUACUACGACUACGAUGAAGGGUUGAAAGUCAAUAUACCGGGGAUCAAGAACUUCCAGGGCGCCGUUGUUCAUCCUCAAUUCUGGCCUACCGGUCUUGACUACGCCAACAAGCGCGUCGUCAUUAUCGGGUCCGGUGCCACCGCCAUCACUCUACUGCCGGCAAUGGCCAAGUCUGCUGCUCAUGUAACCAUGCUGCAGCGCUCGCCUAGCUACAUCAUGUCAGUGCCCAGCGAGGACAAGACGGAGACGGCGAUCAGAUGGAUAUUCCCCGAGAGACUGGCGGUGAAACUGAUCCGGUUCAAAUGGAUGUUGACGUCUUUCAUGCUGGUCACAUUCUGUCAAUGGUUCCCUAAGUUCGCCCGGAAGCUAUUCGAAUCAGCAACCAAGGCCCAGCUUCCGCCGGGAAUGGACUUGGAUCCCAACUUCAAGCCACGGUAUGAUCCGUGGGAGCAGAGACUCUGUAUAUGUCCAGGUGGAGACUUCUACGCCGCUUUGAGGAGUGGUAGAGCGAGUGUGAAGACUGGUGCGAUCGAAACGGUGUCGCCGACCAGUAUUCGUCUCAGGACUGGAGAAGAGCUGGUCCCGGAUAUCAUUGUCACAGCCACGGGCCUCAAGCUACGUAUAGGAGGUGGCGUCGAAUUCAUAGUGGAUGACCAAAAGUUUAACAUUGCAGACCAUUUCAUGUGGAACGGUGCGUUGCUUGAGGGUCUGCCUAACUUCUUGUUCGCAUUUGGCUAUGUCGAUGCGAGCUGGACCAUGGGAGCGGACGCUACUGCCCAGUUGGCCUGCAGACUAUUGACAGAAAUGAAAAAAGAAAAGGUCCGCAUGAUUGUCCCACGGCAAAGCGACGAAGAGAAAGCAAGAAUGAAGGAUUUGCCCUUCUUCAGGCUCAGCUCAACGUAUGUUGAGGAAGGAAAGACCGUUUUGCCUAGAGUUGGUGAUAGAGGCCCGUGGAGGCGUCGGUCCUACUAUUGGAAAGACAUUUUGACGGCAUGGUAUGGGAACAUCCGAUCAGGUUUAGUGUGGUCGAGAUGA